AAGUUUCAACUAUCAUCUGAGUUCAACGUAAUGAUGUGGGAGAUUCCAAAGCUAGUAAUCCUUCUUCUUGUGUUGCACAUUUUUGAAACCACGUCCCAGCCAAUUUGCGCGGAGAGGGGCGACGCAUUCGCAACCAACAGCACGUACGAGGCCAACCUCAACACCCUCGUCGCCUCCCUCUCCACCUCCAUCGGCGGCACCGGAUUCCUCAACACCUCCGUUGGCCAGAGCCCCGACACCGUCAACGCCAUCGUCCUCUGCAGAGGAGACAUCUCGCUCCCAGCUUGCCGCGAAUGCGUCGCCGCCACAGCUCCAGCAACCGCGCAGCGAUGCCCCAACUGGAAGGAAGCCAUAUUCUGGAAUGAAACAUGCAUGAUUAGAUACUCCAACAGACCCAUAUUCGGAGUGCUGGAAAUCCAGCCUGUCUCCCAGCUUCCAAGCACGGCCAUAGCGCCGAACUCAAGGCGCCACGACGAGGAGCUGAGAACCUUGCUGGAGAGCCUCAGGGGAGUGGCAGCCAACGGCGGCACCCUCAAGAAGGUCGCCGCGGGUAACAGAACUGCGCCCGAUUUGGCGACGAUUUACGCUCUGGAGCAGUGCACCCCGGAUUUAUCUGUUCAGGACUGCACUGAUUGUUUGACGAGGGCUAUUGAUGAUUUCCCAACGUGUUGCAGCGGAGUCAUUGGAUCCGGGAUUUUGAGGCCCAGCUGCACCCUCCGGUUUGAGAAUUAUCGGUUUUACAAUGGUUCGAUGGUUCAAGUGCCGCAACAACCAUCAUCCACAACAGGAAAGGAAUCGAAUAAAACGGCUAUCAUUGUUGCAGUUUCAGUUUCAGUUUCUGUAUUUUUUAUACUCCUAGUUAUCCUUGUUGUCUUGUUGAGGAGGAGAAAAGUGAAGCAGAAACCAGAGGAAAAUUUUGAGAAUACUGAAGAAGUUAGCACUGAUGACUGCCAACAAUAUGAUCUUGCGAAAAUCAGGGCAGCAACAGAUGAUUUUUCUGCUGAUAACAAGCUCGGGGAAGGUGGAUUUGGGGCUGUUUAUAAGGGGAGAUUUUCAAAUGGUCAAGAAAUAGCUGUGAAAAGGUUGUCCAUGGGAUCAGGGCAGGGCGAUACUGAGUUCAAGAAUGAAGUCUUGUUAGUAGCAAGGCUUCAACACAGAAAUUUGGUUCGACUACUAGGUUUCUGCGUCGAAGGGAAUGAGAGGAUUCUAGUGUAUGAAUUCCUUGAGAAUUCGAGCCUAGACAAAUUCCUAUUUGAUCCAAAGAAACGUUCGGAGUUGAACUGGGACAGACGGUUCAACAUAAUACGAGGAAUAGCAAGGGGCAUCGUGUACAUGCAUGAAGAUUCACGGCUCAAGAUCAUCCACCGUGAUCUCAAAGCAAGUAACAUACUCUUGGAUAGAGAUAUGAAUCCUAAAAUAGCAGAUUUUGGCACGGCAAGAUUGUUCAAGCAAGAUGAAACUCAAGGAAACACCAGCAGAAUCGUUGGAACUUAUGGGUAUAUGUCACCGGAAUACAUAAUGCACGGCCAAAUCUCUGUCAAGACAGACGUCUUCAGUUUUGGAGUGUUAGUCUUGGAAAUCAUGAGCGGCAGAAAACACAAUGCUAUUAUUCACGAUGGGGAACUUGAGGACCUUUUGACUUAUGCAUGGGAAAAGUGGGAGCAAGGGACACCUGAAGAUAGUAUAGAUCCUAUACUUGGGAAUGGAUUACAGGAGAUGUUGAGAUGCAUGCACAUUGGCCUGUUGUGCGUUCAAGAAGAUCCUCGUAUGAGGCCAACGAUGGCAGAGGUGGUUAUAAUGCUCGGUAGCUCCACCGUAGCACUGCCAGUUCCUUCGAGGAUCCAUAUUUGGAAAAAAGCGCUUAUGAAUUCAAGAGAUGAUGAAACGCAACACAGCUCUAGACGCUUCUUCUCCAUCGAAUAG